AUUUCGUCUUAACCUAUGAAAUAUAUUCUUUUUCUUCAUAAAGAAAUUGAUGUUACACGCUGCUUAUUUUACUUAUUUAUUCUUUGCCUUGCAGUUUUCGCUGUUUUUUGGAAUAUUUUUCUUGUUGUCGGAGAACAUCGUGGAAGGAAGAAAUAUGGGAUGUUUCUUCAAGGCACACAACAAGCUACUCGAAGCUUUUCUUCCACACGCCGGACACCCGCAUCCGAAGGCCACCAGUCAUUCGGCGGACUCCUGCGAGAAAGCCGCUCAGUCUUUAAAACACGUCAGCGAGCGCUCACUCUCCCCCUGGCGGACAAGCACUGUGCACAAGCCAGAUAUGUACCCCAAAUCAUAUGAGGAAGCAAAGUGUUUGUGUGAAGGAUGCAUCAUAAACGGGGUUGAGAAUAUGACCUACAACUCUGUGCCCGUGCAGAGAUCUCUGUUAUUCCUGAAGAGGGUCCCAUGCCCGUCUGACCCGAACAAAUACUCUUUAGAGUAUGAACAUGUGCUAGUGACUGUGGCCUGUACCUGUGUGGUCCCUCGCCAGUAAGAGAGGACAAUAUAAACCAAACCCGUAGAGAUGAGUCUCAUGUACCAUGUCGUGUUUGUUUUAAAAUGCAAUUUUUGAUAAGGUACUUACAUUUUUUAUAUGCUUAUAUGAUUAAGCUGAAAAGGUUGCAUGUGUCACAUGUUUUUAAUACUUAUAAACCAACAUAGUUUUUCUUGAAGGAAGAUAUAUUUGUAUUAUUGUAAAACACUACUUUAUUUAGAGCAUUAUUUAUUUAUAUAAUAAUAACUUAUUUAUUGUUUAUUUAACUUUUGUAUAAAUUAUGCAAAUAUGUGAACUUUUGAUCUUGUGCAGCUGUCCUUUUAUAACUCUGUCAAUGACAGGAAUAGUUAUAUCAAG